AUUUUUUCAACGUCUGUCUCUCAUCUUUUGCUAAAAGAGGCAAGAUCGAGAAAUUUUAUAUAAAUAAUGCGUUUAUAACCCUACUUUUAUACGUCAAAACAAAGGGAAAGGAUAUGCAGUGUUGCCUCGAUUUCAAGGAGAGAAGAAUCCAAAACUCGAAUAAACUUAAGAAUCCAAAGAAAACCUACAAGUUUAUUGUUGUUUACAUUGUCUACAGUUAAAAGUAUUUAGGGCCAUCCUGUACACACACAAAAAUCUAUGCUGCCCUCUGCCAAACUAGAUUUUUGCACAUAACCUCAACCGACAAUGGAAGAUUCAUUAUGGCUCGAACUGAUGAUUUUGUGCCUCUCUCUAAUAUGUUUGCGCUUCUUUUAUCUCGUACACAAAGUAACCACUUCAUCGGCAACAUUUCCGUCGGCAAAACGUAGACUACCUGCAAAAACCGUAAUAUGUAUCGGUUCCGGGGGCCACACAACCGAAAUGCUCGAGCUGGUGAAACAGUUGGACACCGAGAGGUACACGCCGCGCCAUUACAUCCUUGCGAACAGCGACACGACCAGUCUAGGCAAAGUACAAUCGCUCGAAACCUCUCGCGACCAUCGCAUAGUCGCGAUACCGAGAAGUCGAUCCGUCGGUCAAUCCUACUUUACGUCGGUCGUUACGACCGCGUACUCGACGCUGUACAGCGUUCCGAUACUCGCGAGGAUACGGCCCGAUCUGUUGCUCUGCAAUGGUCCGGGCACCUGCGUUCCUCUCUGCGUCGUGGCGUUCGUGCUCAAGGCGGCGUUCGUGUGCGAUACGAAAAUCGUUUUCGUCGAGAGCUUCUGCCGAACCAAGACCUUUUCUCUGAGCGGUAGAAUUCUGUUCUAUUUGGCCGAUCAUAUACUCGUGCAGUGGCCUUUGCUUAAAAGUAGAUGUAGGCGGGCCGAUUAUGUGGGACAGCUGCUGUAAUUAUAGUCGUUAAUUUAGGUCAUCAGUUGUAGAU